AAUGACAUUGGUUAGCAACCACGCAGGACAAACUAUACUUCCUGUAACGCUUUCAAGAAGUCAUGGCUAACAAGAAGCAAUAACUGUUCGUGAUUUUUUUCUUUUGAGGUUCCAGGUCAGUUUUUUCUUGUUUAGCGACUCAUUUAUAUCGUGAAUGUUAAUCAUUUGUUUGUGGUGUAUGGCAGUGGGAGGAGUGAGUGGACCUAAAGCAUGUCUGCUGCUGCUGCAUGUAAAUCAGCUGAACUUGUAAAGGCUCGCUGUCAAUAUCAGGCACAUGUUUUAUUUUUAUUUUCCCCGUACAACAGAUGUGGAGCCGAGUGUUGAGAUCUUUUGUACUUGUAAGACCAAAUCUCCACCGGAGGAGUCUCUUCACUAUGCAGCUGAGCUCCAGUGAGUUUAAGUCUCUGUUCAACGAUGGACUCAAUGGAUUAGCAGGUGAGGGGGGAUGAUGAAAUCCGGCUCCCAUGUAGCGGAGAGUGGGGUAAGUUGAGCCCAAGGUUAAGUUGAGCCACCCCCUGUUGCUUGGAAAUUGUUAAAGAAAUUGAUCAUGUGACCAAAUAUUUAGGAGAUGGGCAUCAAUUCAUAGGGUCAGAGAAGCACAUGGGUGAAGGGGUUAGACAUUUAUUAAAAAAGAAAAAAACAUUGUUCACUCUUGAAAGUGAAUUAAGUCUGUCAUAAGUUUUAUUAGAAUUGUGUUCAGAACAAAAAAGAUCAUAUUAAAUUUGUUUUAUACAUCAAGUGUUGUAUCUAUGAGCUACAACAUGAGGUCAAAAACCUAGCAUAGAAGUCCACCAUUUUAGCUUAGAGGACAAAUAAAGUCAUAACCAGAGACUGUAUAUACUAUGGACAACUUGGUCCCACCUCCCGCUUGUAUACGGAUUUGAAGCCAAAAAGCUCUCGGUAUUUCUGGGAUUUUUCUUCAUUUCCCGAAACCAGCGCUGCGCAGUAGCAUUGUGCGCAUUUGACCGGAGAGUCGCCAAGAGUCGCUGUGAUGACGCUUGGCUCAAACAGCGUAUCCCCCGGGUGAGCUACGCAAUCCCUGAACGCCAAUAGGCUGUAUCAGGUGUCAUAACUUUUAAAAACGGAGCUUCACAGAAAAAAAAGCUCAAGGCGGGAUUUAUGACCUAUACUGCAGCCAGUCACCAGAGGGUGCUGUUCUCGGAGUGGCUUUACCCAGCAAGGAGGCAGACACUGUCCAUUCUAUAUACAGUUUAUGGUCAUCAUAGUAGUUCUGGGGUAAGUUGAGCCAGUGGCUCAACUGAGAAAGUAAAGGAGUCUGAUGAGAGGAUCAGAGUUUCAGUUCAGAUUGUUGAAAUGUGUUACUUUUUCCUUUCAAAACUAAAGCUGUGAAUGUUCUGAAUCACUUAAAGGCAUUCUCAUGUUCAAUUUUUUUUUUUUUUUUUUUACAAAACAGUUUUUUAACAGUUAUAUACAAUAAUAAUAAAAAGAAUAAUUCUACCAGUUGAAUAGCAUAUAAUAGAUAAAAAUAUCUCAACUUACCCCAUGCACAGGGUAAGUUGACCAUAGGAAACCACUUUUUUUUGGCAUGUUAUAUUAUCAAGACAGUUAUGGUUAAACUCAUUCUGUUGGUUUGCAGGGAUGCACAACAUCUUGAAAUAUAUGCAGAUACACUAGUUAGAGACAAAACUUUGAUUAUCUUGAUGUAGUGAUCCAAAAUGUGAAAAAUGGCUCAUCUUACCCCACUCUCCCCUAUUAGCUUGGGAGGGUUGUUAUUUUUCUAAAAUUUUCAUGAUGGCAGAUUAAAACAGGGCUACCAGUGACAGGAAUUGAUGCAUUUAGGGUGGAUCCUAUAUUGUCCAAAGUUAUCCAAUCACAUCAUGUAUAUAUGCCUCUUCUGAACUUGAGGAUUGGUAGCCGAGUUACAUGUUAAAGCAUCAAGUCCAAGCUCUAGCAAAGAUGAUCUUAUUAACAUAAGUGUUUCCACAGAGACUUGAUAAAGCUCUUUCUUACAUUUCUUACAGGCUGAGCAGUGCUUGCCUUUGCCCAUAAAGUGGUCUUCAAGAAAAAAUUGGGGAAAUGUCCUUUAAAUAUUCUUACACAUGCCAUGUGUCCAGACAGCAGUCGUUUUAGGCUCAAAAUAAUAAAUUUUUUUCAUCAAUUGAUAUUAAUAUCACGAAAUAAAGGAAUCACUUGUCAAUCUUAAAUGUUCCUUGUUACUCUUCCCUGACUUUGUGGUAACAUGUAGUUGACAUAAUAUGCAGUACACACCAGUCUGCUACAUGUCUGACCUCAAAAACCGAAAUACUGCCACACCACCGACGUCUAUGUGCCAGUGUUGUCAACGAUGUUGUCAUCUGUUGAGCCUUCAUCUGCAUUUCUGCUGGGGGUAGCACUCAUUGUGUUGCGUGCAUGGUUUGCUUGUAGCUGCAGCCUGCCACUACGCAGUUGUUUGCCACUUGGUUCUAAUUCAGCACAUGACUGGUUCAGCGCGGCAUGGACUCGGAGCAAAUCCCCUUUUCAUCGGCUUUUCGUAUAGUCUACUAAAACAUGUCAGUGCUGACUAUCGAAAAAGCAUAUUCACCAUGUUUCAUAUCAAUAUCAAGGGAAAUUAAUUUUUGAUAUAUGUCAUUAUUGUUUUAUCCCCCAGCCCUAGCUCAAAGCCUGUUUUUUUUUUUUUAUGUUUGACUCAGCAAGCGUUUUCACACUUCUUCUGAAAAGUCACACACUCCCUUUUUGUCUGUUUCAGAAGUGUUUGGGAAGCACCAGCAUGAGAUCAGGAUAGCUGGAGGUGCUGUACGAGACUUGCUGUCUGGGAAACGACCUGAAGAUGUGGACUUUGCCACUACGGCCACUCCAGAGGAGAUGAAGCAAAUGUUCCAAAAGGCUGGGAUCAGGAUGAUCAAUAACAAAGGAGAGAAGCAUGGAACAAUCACAGCAAGAGUAAGACGCUGUCCUCCUCAAGCAGGCAUAAUACAAAUUUGACUGAUGUUUUGAAACCUGCUUUGAAAACUCUUAGAAAUAAACACACACACUCUAAAGAACACAGGGCAGCCAUGAGACAAAAAUCCAUUAUUAAAUAUUCAAAUGUGUAUGUGUGAUCAGUGACACAACUAUCAACUGUAUACUGAGCACCUCUGAAACAUUGCAAUGACUUUAAGGUAGAAAAGGGACUUAAAGGGAUAUUCGGGCGUAAAAAUAAUUUAGGGUCAAACACACAGUAACACCCCCUCGAGAGCUGAAUGUUGCCGACCGCUUUCUUCCUUAGUUAUACCGACUUUAGUAACGACCGCACGAUAGCAAUACACAGCGGUCUAUGGAGCCACACGCCCAACCAAAACGCCACUCUGUAGCCACAAAUAAUGCUCAGACCAGCACCUAACUUCAUCAACAGUACAUAUAGGGUCCCGGCUAUAGCACUAGCCACCAAACAUCGUUUUAGCUCUGCCUAAUUUCUUUAGCAAAGAGACUAAACACAACUCACCCACUCUCUUCCAGCAGCCACUUGUUUGUAGCGAGACCUCAGGCCAGUCCAUUACGGACUACAGCGGGGUGACGCAGCUCAAGGAAGAAUAUUUAUGAUCAUUUCUUCAUUCAAAUGCAAUCAGACCAAGACACUCAGGCAGAAGAACUACCGUGUCUGCAGUGCAAAAUGAUUAUUAUGGUGAUUAUUACGACAAGGAAAUGUUAAGAAAUGAUCAAGAUAAUUAAGAAAAUGAUAAAGUUGGUAUAACUAGAGAAGCAAGCAGUCAACAACAUUCAUCUCUUGAGGGGGUGUCUAACCCAGUGUUACGGUGUUUUUGACCAUAAAUUAAUUUUACACUGGAAUAUCCCUUUAAGUCUUAAGACGGUGAUAAAUAUGCUCUAAUUAAUCUCUUUUAAUCAUCUCCCUUUACAGCUACAUGAUGAAAACUUUGAGGUGACCACAUUGCGAGUGGAUGUUCAGACAGAUGGACGUCAUGCAGAGGUUGAAUUCACCACGGACUGGCAGAAAGAUGCUGAGAGGAGAGACUUGACCAUCAAUUCCAUGUUUUUAGGUCUAAACAUGUUUACUCUUCAACUUGAGUCAACUUGUGUGCACAAAUAGGACUCAAUUUGCUCUAAGUUUGACCGUGUGGCAGAGACGCUCAUGUUAUAAAGAUAAGGCCAGUUUAUGAGGUGUAUUUGGUGACUGUUUUUGUUUUGCACUUCUGACUUUAUUCUUAACAUUGCUGCUUUUAGGUCUUGAUGGCACAUUGUACGACUAUUUUCAAGGAUAUGAAGAUUUGAAGAACCGUAAAGUGAGAUUUGUCGGCAGUGCGGAGAAAAGAAUUCAAGAGGACUAUUUGAGAAUAUUGCGCUAUUUCAGGUUGAGUAGAUUUAUUUUGUUUUCAAUUAAAAAUUUUUAAAAAAGAGAGAGAGAGAGAGAGAAUUUGACACAAAAUACACACCCUCCUCCCAGGUUUUAUGGCAGAGUGGCUUUGGAGCCUGAUGACCAUGAACCAGAGGCACUGACUGCCAUAAAGGAAAAUGGUCGGGGACUGUCAGCCAUAUCAGGAGAGAGAAUUUGGAUGGAACUGAAAAAGUUGGUGGUUGGUAACCACGUAGCUCAUCUGUUGGAGCUGAUGUACACCUUAGAACUGGCUCAGUAUAUGGGUGAGACCGAUAAUUUACACACAACUGCUAUUGCAUGAUGCUUAUUCUGUAUUAAGAAUCACAGUAAGCUGCAAACUCCAUUUAAACCUCUGGGAAGAUGUGGAUUUCAUAAUUCUGUUAAACGCUUGCACCUGCUCUCUGUCCCUGCUGCUUUACAGGUUUACCUCCAGAUGGCAAUGUUGAAGAGAUGAAGCAAGUGUGGAAGAACGCAAAAGACCAUUCUCCCAAACCAAUGACUAUCCUAGCGUCUCUCUUCCACUACCCAGAGGAGGUGGAGAAGAUGGACCUCCGACUGAAGGUGUCCAAGGAGGAGAAGACUCUGGUUCUGUUCCUUCUCAAAUACAGACGGGAGCUCCGCAAGAGUGAGGAGGAGCCAGACAACCUCAAACCCUUCACUGAUUUUAUCAUUGACGUAAGUUUGUCACCUGGUCUUAUGGGGUUGCAUUAAAGCACUACCUGCUGUAAAUGAUCCCUUUGAAAGUUACAUUUCUGAGUUUCACUUGCACAUAUUUGUUUCACUUUAUUUUAUCAUGCAUCAUUGUUGUUAUGAAAUGCUUGUAAUCUGGAACCAGAUUUUUAAGGUUAUCAAUCAUACACAAACUCUUUCCAGAGUCGGGAGCUGGAUACCAAGAAUAAAGUGUGCGAGCUACUCAAGUAUCAAGGCGAGGAGAAGCUUUUGGCAGAACUCUGCAGGUGGUCCAUCCCUCACUUUCCCGUCAGCGGUCACGACCUACGAAGGCUCGGUGUAACGACAGGCAAGGAAAUAGGUGCCACUCUGCAGAAGCUGCGUGACAUCUGGAAGAAAAGUCAUUACCAAAUGGACAAAGAUGAUCUCCUCAGCUAUGUAAAGACAUAAAAGGCCAGCAGAGGCGUGUUUUUGUGGGACUGUAAUUGAUCUGCUCACAGUAGCAGACUCCGAUACUGCUGGGAAAGACCACUUCAGGAACUGAGAUGGAAGAAAACAGUUUAGUUCUAAAUUAAUUCCACUUUUCAUAAUCAAUAUUUUAUAGGUUCAGUUUCAGUUUGUUAUCAGCAUUACGUCUGUCAACAGAUUAGAAAAUGAGUGAUGGACAAAAGCACUUGAUGUCACUGCGGAUAAAAUAAUAAAACUAAUGUUUCCAAAAAGGAUCAUUAGAGCUACAAUACAAAGCCGAAGUUUGAAUUUGGUCUGUUUGAUUUCACUCUGAGUUUUAGAGCAGUAAUGUUUCUCUGCUGUUUCUCUGUUAAAGAAAUGCUCUAUAAAAGCGUAAUCCUUUCAUUGAUAA